GCAGUAGGCCCACAGAAAGAGCAGCGUAGAGACAGAAGUCAUCCGCAGUCCAGUCAUCCUCAAUUUAUACCUCACCAACAACACAGUCAAACAACAGCAGAUAUUUGGAUUCAACCAUCAAUAAAACACAGGCACCCACACCAUUGAUACCUACAUACCUCACCAGUAACACACAGACAUCAACACUAUCAACAUACCUCACCUGUAACACACAGUCAUCCACACCAUCGCCAUACCUCACCAGUAACACACAGUACAUCAUGUGUCACAGUCAUCCACUACAUCAACAUACCUCACCAGUAACAGUCAUCCACAACAUCAACAUACCUCACCAGUAACAGACAAACAUCAACACUAUCAACAUACAGUAUGUCUCACCAAGAAAUUGUAGCCAUACCAUAUUAGCAUAUCAUCUUACCAGCAGCGCAAAGCAACAAAUAGUCAUAACUUGUUUGUACCCUUUGCCGUGAAGCAGAACCUAUUUAUAAAACAAUAUAGUAUAAUAUAGUUGUAUCUCAUCAGGUACAUACAGUUAUACUGCUGUCACACAUCUGCAACUUACAACCAUAUCUUACUGGUUAAACACAUAGCCAACUUCAACAGUAACAAAGUAACAUCUCAGAAGAACAAUCCUCAAACCUGACCUAUGACAUACAGACACUACAUCAAGGAUAGACCUCACUGGGACACUACAUCAAGGACAGACCUCACUGGGACACUACAUCAAGGACAGACCUCACUGGGACACUACAUCAAGGACAGACCUCACUGGGACACUACAUAAAGGACAGACCUCACUGGGACACUACAUCAAGGACAGACCUCACUGGGACACUACAUAAAGGACAGACCUCACUGGGACACUACAUCAAGGACAUACCUCACUGGGACACUACAUCCAGGACAGACCUCACUGGGACACUACAUCAAGGACAGACCUCACAGACACCUAAUAAAGUAUUACCUCACCUCACCGGCCACCUAUAGGCUAGUCUUGAAACCCCUUCUUCACCAGGAACUAACACGUUUGACUAAAAAGACACACUGUCCCAUAGAAUGAUAAACAGCCCUCAACAAUAACACUAUAUUGUAGGAUAAACUCACCUGUAUAUGCACAAUAUGUACUAAAAAGGUUUUUAAAAUACUAAAUCAAUGUAUACCAUUACAGACUGAAACAGAAUGGCAUCUGUUGGCAGGUAUACAAAAGUGCCACCCAGCAAAACCCAGAAUGCCUGAUGUUCAUUAAUAUCCAUCCAUGGGUCCAUCAUAUUUCAUCAAAACUUAAUGCCACUAACAUUCAGGGCCAGUGUUGACACCAUUCAACUUCAUAAUGGCCGUAGUGAAGGAGACAAUGACUGAUGCAGCCUUCAUACAAAGUCAGGGUUGAAAUAUUGUAUUAUAGUUGGAGGCAGUGCUUUCACAGUUUCUAUCUCAACCUCCCUAUACUUGCACAAAGGAAAGCAAAAAGUGAUACUGAAAAGCGUGGUAUAGUCAAAAGCAAUUUGCAGCGUAAUUGCUACACUUAGCAUAUGUUGGUAGGGAUUUGAGGAUGAGUGAAAACAAAAUUACAGGGUGUAAGUGCUAUAAUGUGGGAGUCACUUGCCAGGGACUGCAAUUAGUUUCCCUUUCUGAGAAAGGACAUUUUCCCACAGACAGGAUGCAAUCACCAGGAAUAUUAAUGGUGACUGUGGGUAUCCAUUAGUCUUAGACCAGCUUAUUUGAAUUUGUUCAUAUGCACAAUAGAAAGUCUAUCUAAGAAUCCUCCAGAAGAUGGUCUGAGUUUGAGAAGAAUGCCAGGCAUGUAGGUUACAACUUCAGCGAUAGACUGGACAUGAGUUUAGCUGAAAUCAAUGAUCACUGUCUCACUUUCACUGUUAUUUUUACCAACAGAACAUGAAGUGAAAUUGAUAUGCAACUUACUGAUGGUUUGCUUUAUAUACUGUAGGCACAAGAAGACUUUAGCAAUUUCCUAUGGCCUAUAUAUGUCUGUCUUUGUUAAAGACAAAUUAUACAUGCUUUACUUUGAAAAGAAGUUGGUGAGAAAAUCAGCAGGAAACUUGUAAGUGCCUUUGAGCCUCCAUACCUUCUUAAAACACUUCCAUAUGUCUGCAACUUCUAAGACAGUGAGAUAUUUAUAGGUAUGGUUCCAUGAGAAAAAUGAAUGCAUUUCACUGACUGUUUGACACAACAUAGGAUAUGCUGUAUGUAACUGUGUUUCACUUUGAAUACAUAAAUACAACUUUAAAAGAAAAGAAAAAAAAACAGGAGAAAUACUUGUCACUGAAAAAUCAUGACACUAUCCCAGUUAUAGCUCCAGAAAGCAGCACAAUAUGUGACACUCUGCAAUACUUUAAUAAAACCCUCUUCAAACAACUAAAAUACAUGAACCAAACAUUCUUAUUCUGGAACACAGUCUACAGUGGAAACUGGACAUUUUCAUUAGAAAUGCAUAAGGAUUGUGUACACAGUUCUGUUAAUUCUGUGCAUAUUACGUGUAUUGGUGAUGCUGCACAUUUUAUGGAGAUGCAUUAAAUUCGUUCCAUCUGUCAACAUAAGGAGAUUAUGGAGACUGAAUGCACAGGUGAUUGAUAACAGGAAAUGGAUGGAACACUGAGAUGAAAAAAUGUUUCAAACCGCAGCCUACUGUUACGACAAUACCUGUCCUCUCUACGUCCAUUUAGCAAAUUGCAAGGCACAUCAACGUUUAAUGUUUCACUAUUAUGUUGACAAUACAAACAGACAGUCUAAAUUAAGAUUGGUGACACAGGAUAGCACAGUGUUGUUGAAAGGGGAUGCGACACGUAGGAAACACUUCGUGCUAAGGGAUAUUCGAAACCCUUACGACAUCUGCUUCAGAGAGGUUACUAUGGAAACAGAUGAGAGCAAGGCUGCUGCUAGCUCUAAUUAGAUAACCGUCACCAUGAAAACAUUUUACAGUGCACCAAAAAAUAAAAGGGUAACACGAAUAGGGAGACACCAUGUCUACUCAGAAAAUACGUUUUCUACAAUUGCCGAAAACGCGAUUCAAUGCGUUAAAUGAAACGAACAGGUAAUAAAUUAAAAGGCCUGGGUAACUACCUAUCGCGUACUUCCUGGAGGACACCCAGACGAAUCAAGCACACCAAGGCUCUCAUUCGGCAGGUUGGAGGGGGGUGCAGGCUCUCGUCCGAAGCCUCACAGAGACGCUGCAGGACUCCAGAUGGCCUGAUCUGCAGCGGGAGGGGGGAGUGUGACUGCGGCGUCUGCAUAUGUCAAGUCACUGACCCGGGGAAGUUCUACGGGCCUCGGUGCGACUGCCACGACUGGGUCUGCGCAACAUAUGACGGCAAGACCUGCUCUGGUCAUGGCACCUGUGACUGUGGGAAGUGUGAGUGUGAUGAGGACUGGUUUGGCGAGGCCUGUCAGUACCAGGAGCAGUGCACCCUGUCCAACAGAAAGAGCAAAGACCUGUGCAGAAACCCACAGGGGGUGGUGUGCUCCAACGCAGGCUCCUGUCACUGCGGCAGCUGUGUGUGCCAGGACCCCGACGGCAAGGGCCUGAUCAGCGGGCGCUACUGCGAGUGCGACGACAGCGAGUGCCUGGACGAGGAGUCUGGAGAGGUGUGUGGAGGGCAUGGACAGUGUUACUGUGGAAACUGUUACUGCGCGGCUGGUUGGCAUGGAGACAAAUGUGAAUUCCAGUGCGACAUCACCCCGUGGGAGAGCAAGCGGAGAUGCACAUCACCAGAUGGCAAGAUCUGCAGCAACAGAGGUACCUGUGUGUGCGGCGAGUGCACCUGCUAUGACGUCGACCCGUCAGGCGACUGGGGGGAUAUCCACGGCGACACGUGCGAGUGUGACGAGAGGAGCUGCCAUGCGGUCUACGACAGAUACUCCGACGACUUCUGCUCAGGUCAUGGCCAGUGUAACUGUGGGCGGUGUGACUGCCGAGAGGGCUGGACGGGGAAGAAGUGUGAGCAUCCCCUCUCCUGCUCGCUCUCUGUGGACGCCAGUCAGCGCAAGUGCAAAGGAACCUCCAAACUACCCUGCUUUGGGAGAGGGCAGUGCCUGUGUGGCCAGUGUACCUGUCAACCUCCAGGAGACAGCCGAGUUCAUGGAAAGAACUGCGAGUGUGACGACCGCCAGUGUGAGGACAUAAAUGGGGAGAUCUGUGGGGGCCAGGGCUUCUGCUCCUGCGGCCGCUGCAUCUGUAAUGAUGGAUGGUUCGGCAAGCACUGCCAGUUCCCCCGCACCUGCCUCAUGAGCGACGAGGAGAGCAAGAGCCUGUGCGAGACCGACGACGGAGUCAUGUGCUCCGGAAAAGGGUCCUGCCACUGUGGGAGAUGCAUCUGUUCACCGCAGGAGUGGUACGUGUCUGGGGAGUUCUGUGAAUGUGACGACAGGGAAUGUGAUCAGCACGAUGGAUUAGUCUGCACAGGCAACGGCAUGUGCAACUGUGGGAACUGCGACUGCUGGGACGGAUGGACUGGGAACGCCUGUGAAAUCUGGGUGGGAGAGGAGUACUGACACAGCAGAGGACACUUUUAAAAAAGACUUUUUUUCCUCCUUUUUUUUCCUUUCAUUUUUUUUAUGUUUUCAAUCGAAGACAGAGAUCGGCUGCUGGAUCACCUGACAAAAGAGGGUGUGUGGUUUGUUGAGAAGCAGAGAGAGACCAAAAAGCACUCGAAGACUGGGAUAUAAUGCUUCAUUCAAAUUUCUGCAUAUCACUUGUAUAACAGCAUUCAUUGUACUGGUUACAAAUUAUCUUUAUUAAAACUAUGAUGUUUGUUUGUUUUUGUAUGCAAGAAAAACAACUGUGAGUGCAGAGAGCAGUUUUUUUGUAGACACAUUACUUUGUAAUCCUUUAUAUGUUUUCCAAUACAACUAUAUGUAUGAAAUUGUUUAUAUAGGAAUGCUUACAUAGUCUGGAAAAAAAGCUACACAUAAUAAGAUGCAGAUACAUGAACAGAAACCAAAACAGUGAAAGAAAAAAAAAACAACCACAUGUUUUUAUUAUUUAGGGUUACUGAGUUUGUAGUCUGUGUGCAAUGGUUAUGUACUUCCAUUCAGAUGAUCCGACAAGCUGAUGUUUGAGUUCAAAGUGCUUCCUGAAUGUCACGCUCAGAUGUGUAACCUGCAUCCCAGGCCAGGACUGACGCCUGAGCUGUUUGAUUAUUCUAUUCUCCAUUUCCUUUUUAAUAAUAAAAAACAUCAAAUAUGC